UCUUUGUCCGGAACUCAGCUGCGUGCACGCGCAGUCCUGACUCUGAGAUCUCGCCGCGCGCACAAGCGACUCCUCGAUUUCCACUCUGCGUCCAGACUGCACACCAGCGCGAGAGGGGGAAAAAACUUUCCGAAAACUUUUUUUUUCUCCCCACCGCAGUUUUCUCGCUUCUCCUCCCGUAGAGCCAGACCGCUUCGCGAAACUCUCCGGCCGAAGAAGAAACUGGUCAAGAAGUGCCUUACCUUCACGGCGUUGAACAUGUGUGCGCGUGCAUAGCGCUGGACGUAGCGCAGAUUCGCUUUUUGGUUUUUCGUUAAAAAAAAGUCGCCGCGAAGAGCGCAAAGUCUCGAGCGCUUCGCCGCUUGUUGUCGCUUUCGGGCGCUUUUUAUUCGUUACACACCGCGGGAUUGUUUCGCUCUCGGUUCCUCAGAGGCCCGGUUUUUAUUGCCCGAGAAAAACCAGUUCGCGAGAUCCGAGCGGUUGGUAGAAGUCGAGCAGAGACCCCGCAUCCCCAUGAGGAAACCAGACGUGCGAAUCGAAGAGAUUUCGUGACUCGACUUUUUUGUUUGUUACAUUUUUCUUUUACUUUGUUUCGAGCGCUUAAGCAGCCAGCGAUGAAGAUGUUCGUUGUGUUCGCCGUGUGCAUGUCGCUGGCGCUUUCGGCGUCGGCUCAGGCUGAUCAGAAGGUAAAGAACUGCAAUGAAGUCAGAACUGCCUACAGCUCGAAAGGUUUCAACGUCAACGAUGUCCCCUACAAAGGAGUCCAUGGAAAUCAUCUGAAGGUGUGUCCUCAAGGUUUCUCUUGCUGCACUCUGGAGAUGGAGGAGAAACUGAGUCAGCAGAGCCGCACGGACCUGAAAGCCCCCGUUCAUCAGCUCAGCUCCAACCUGCAAAGCACCUUUACCCAGAGGCACCGUCACUUUGACCAAUUCUUCAGAGAGCUAUUAAACAAUGCAGAGAAAUCUCUCAAUGAUAUGUUCGUGCGGACCUACGGCUUGAUGUAUGUGAAGAACGCCGAGCUCUUCGAGCAGUUCUUCCGUGAGCUCCGCCGCUACUACAGCCACGGGAGCAGCGCCGUCAACCUGGACGACAUGCUAACCGAUUUCUGGACGGAGCUUUUGGAGCGCAUGUUCCGGCUGGUCAACGUGCAGUAUGAGUUCAGCGACUCGUACAUGGAGUGCGUCAGCAGGCACAUGGAGCAGCUCAAACCCUUCGGCGACGUUCCACGCAAGCUCCGCCUGCAGUUGACCCGGUCGUUCAUCGCGGUUCGCACGUUCACCCGCGGCCUGGCACUAAUGCCUGAGGUGGUGGGCAAAGUCUCCAUGGUAAGCGCCUCACCGAAUUGUGUGCGCGCAGCCAUGAAGAUGUUAUACUGCCCGUACUGUACCGGCCAGGUGGCGCUGAAGCCCUGCAAGAACUACUGUCUCAACGUCAUGCGAGGCUGUCUGGCCAAUCAGGCCGAUCUGGACACCGAGUGGAACAACUUCCUUGAUUCCAUGUUGGGUCUUGCUGAGAGACUGGAGGGACCCUUUAACUUUGAGUCAGUCAUGGAUCCCAUAGACGUGAAAAUUUCAGACGCCAUCAUGAACAUGCAGGAAAACAGCAUACAGGUCUCACAGAAGGUGUUUCAGGGAUGUGGACAGCCCAAACCCAACAUGGCUUUCCGUACCCGGCGCUCUCCUAAAGACUCGGGCUUCCCCGGGCGUUUCCGACCGUACAGUCCUGACGCCAGACCCACCACCGCUGCUGGCACCAGUCUUGACCGACUGUUGAUGGAUGUUAAGAAGAAAUUAAAGCACGCCAAGAAGUUCUGGUCCACCCUCCCUGACACUGUGUGUGUUGGAGAAAGAAUUGCAGCCGGUGAUGAAUGCUGGAAUGGAACGGCAAAAAGCAGGUACGAAUCUGUCGUCAUAGGCAACGGCUUAGCCAAUCAGGUGUCUAAUCCUGAUGUGGAAGUUGACAUCACUAAACCAGACAUGGCGAUUCGGCGGCAGAUAUCAGUGCUGAAGGAAAUGACCAAUUGGCUUAAGGCUGCUUACACUGGCACUGACAUCUCAUUUGUCAAUGAGGAUGUCGGCAGUGGAGAGGAAAGCGGGAGCGGCUGUGACUCACCAAACUGCAACAGUGACGGGGACAUCUACUUCUCCACCCCAGCGCCCGUUAAACCUCGCAUUAUCAUUCAACAUGACAGAAAGCCCUCUAGUGGUACACGGUUGGCACCUUUCAGCCUGACACUGGCUGUGACGGCACUCCUGCUUGCCCUGCUCACCCCACACACGAGAUAAGACUGACCCAGAGAGGAAGAGAAUGUGUGUUUGUGCGAAUUUGAACAAGAGAGCAGAAAACUGCCAUAGGACAUUAAAGACACUGCUUUCAGGAUCUCCGUCUGCCUGCCAUCUGGGGAAGACACUCAAGUUAUUAAUACUUAAAUAACUUCCCUUCAGUGUAUUUUUUGUGUUUAUAAGAAUGGACUUCAUUUAUGUACAGCUAUAUGUUUCCACGCCACAUUUCACAUCAGCUGGGUUUUAUUCCUCCAUGUCUGUAGUGUCCAGAAUUGACUCAUGAUUUUUUUUAGGUUAUGGUUUAAAUAAGUGUUAGUUUUAAAGCAAGUCAGAUUGAGUGUGUGUUUGGGUGGAUGGUGUGUACGUUUGGCUGUGUAUAUCAUCCAAGCGCUUUUUAUAAAAGGUAAACAAUUAAUUAACCCAUAUAACACGUAUGAUUUAAACAAAUCUGUACUAUUUAUAUAUAUAUAUAUAUAUAUAUAUAUAUAUAUAUAUAUAUAUAUAUAUAUAUACACACACACACACACACAUUUGGUGUGCAUUGAGGCUUUGGUUGGCUGCAGAUCAUGUGUAUAUAUAUAUGUAUGUAUAUGUUCCUAAAUUUUAGAGCAUUAUAAAAACUUCAUGAUGCCUUAAUUCAGAAAUGGGUUGCAAACAACGACAAUGUAUGCAGUGCUGCCUUUUAGUCAAAACUAGACGAUCCCAGACACACAGUGUUUUUGUUUUAUUUUAUUUUUCUGUGACUUUCUCAGCCCCCCAUAUCAUCCCAAGUAUGUUUGGCAGUAUAAUAUAUAACUUGAGAAUAUAGUCUUCGGUAAUAACUUAAUAGUGCGUGAUGAAGAAGGAGCUUUGGUUGGGUAAGGUCUGUUUGAAUGUUGAAUAUGCCUCGGUGGCUCCCUCAAAGAUGAUCAUGUAUUCUGCAUGAUGUGGACUUAGUGGCCUGAGUAAAGUUGUUUUUUACUGGACCGGCUGGAUAAGAGCGUAUGCUGAAGAUGGCUUAAGACUGGGCUGUCUGGAGGAAUUUUACACAGGGUUUUAUGUGGAGGUGUUUAUUUUGCUAGAAGUGUAUUGUAAGGUAUAAAACUGUAUGAUAGGUACUGCUACAGAUAUCACUACACAGUGACAGACGGUGCUAAUUCGAGAGGUUGGGUGGCCUUUUUUGGUUUUUCUUCAUUUCUGUUUGUAACAUAAAUCGUCUAGCCUUUUCCCCCCGUUCUGGAUUGAUAUCUAAAGUCGGUACACAUUAUAAAACCAUUCCUCAUAUAGAGCAAUAGACGGCGUGUGUGGCAUGUUUCAACACUAGUUUCAAAAGUGGCUAUGUAUGCGCUUUCCCAUUCAGACGUCUCAAGAAAAUCUCUCUCGAUCUUCAAGGGCUUUUCACCCUCCUCUCAGUAAAACUAGUUCCCCUCGCUCUUGUACAGUAAGUUAUUUAACCACGUGUCUCUCUAAAAGGCAUUCACAAGCAUCGCUUUCCUAGGUAUCUUGAUUUCAGUAUUCAAAAUAUUUAUGUCUGUAGAUGAAUGCGUUCUAAUGAAUUCACACUUUAACUGAUGGGUUUAUAUUGGCUUCAAAUUUCAUGUUGCAUAAUAUUUAGAUUUUUUUUUGUUUGUUUGUUUGUUUUGUUUAAACCGAGCUACCGUAAGCAUUUGUUUUGUCGUUAUAGAUUUAUGUAAGGGGAUUGUGAAAAUUGUACAAGCUGAUGCAAGGACAGGGCUGGCCAUCGGUCCUUGAUCGUUCCUGAUGUCACAUGCACUUUUAAUUGGCAUUCAAAUACCUCACGGCAAGAGAGUUUUAAAUGAUGCUUUUAAUCUUAUCUGCGACAUGCAUACUUCUUACGUUUAUUUUCAUACAUUCGUUUGGAGGUUCAUUCGGUAUCUAUGGAUGAAUGGCCAGUCCUCAGACAUUGUCAGGGUUUCAUGAGCCUGAUCUUCACAGCAGUGCUUCGCACCUCAGACCGGUUAUGUAUUUUAUGCAUUAGUCUGAUGUGCUGCCAUGAGUAGAAAGCAAUAUGUGUUUUGUUUUGUUUUAUAUACUUUUGACCCAAAGCUUCCCGCUGUCACAUGUUAAGAUGGCUCUGAUGUAACGACCAGGAAAAGGAAGCGUCUUGUUCUUAGUAUGCCAAGCUACUCCGAGGCGGUGUGAAGAUGACAUAGACUCUUGAAUGAACCUCUGCGAUGUCGUCUUUAGAUUGAAUGCUGACCUUCAGGUGGACAGAUCGCAGGGCCUGCAGCCCUGUACAUCAGUGGAGUCAUCUGCGACGAGGAGUGAGAGAGACUAAAGAAAGAAAAGAAAAAAAUUGUAAAUAAUGAGCAGUCGUUUUAGUGGUCUCUGAGAGAUGUUCAUCAGAUUUUACCCAUUCAGAGUAUGUGCUUAAUAUGGGCGAAACAAAGAGAUAGAUGCUAAAAAUGUAAGAGAAAAGUUAUAUUAAACAUUUCUUAGUCUUGUUGAAAUAAAGACUGCAGAUAUUUAAA